UUUCCAGUUUUGUGGCAGAGGGUGGGCGCCUAGCGGCUUUCUUGGCAGCGGGCAGGAAACUGGCAGGAGUUCCUGAGCCUGAACGUGCAGCGGAAGUAGAAGAACGCCCUUCUUCAAGUGUCUGGAGCUCAGAGAUGCAGCCCAGGGGAGGGAAAUGUGACUAGUUGAGGAGGCCAUGCUUACUGUUGCUGCCAGAUCCCAUGUCAGCACCAAGUCCUCAGCUGCUGGUGGCAGCUGCUCAGCAGACCCUGGGCAUGGGAAAGAGACGAGGCCCACCCCGAGCUGUCUGCCUUCAUCUAGCCGGAGAGGUGCUGGCUGUGGCCAGGGGACUGAAGCCAGCUCUGCUCUAUGAUUGCAACUGUGCAGGGGCAGCAGAGCUCCAGAGCUAUCUGGAGGAGCUGCAGGGCCUGGGCUUCCCGACCCAGGGACUUCACAUCCUUGAGAUUGGAGAAAACAGCCUGAUUGUCCUUCCUGAGCAUGUGUGUCGGCACUUGGAGCAGGUGCUGCUUGGUACCAUAGUCUUUGUGGAUGUUUCCAGCUCUCAACUUCACCCUUCCAUCUGCUCCCUGGACCAGCUUCAGGACUUAAAGGCCCUCGUGGCUGAGAUCAUCACACAUUUGCAGGGGCCACGGAGGAACCGAUCCCUGGCAGUCUCCUGCAGCAGGCUCCGUUCCUCAGACUGGAAUCUCUGUGCUGUGUUUGGGAUCCUCCUGGGCUAUCCUGUCCCCUAUACUUUUCACAUGAAACAGGGAGAUGACAACUGCUUAGCCCAGACUGCACUACGGGUGUUCACCGCCCGGAUCUCAUGGCUACGUGGUCAACCACCAGUCUUGCUCUAUUCCUUUAGUGUCCCAGAGAGCUUGUUGCCAUCCUUGAGGAACAUUCUAAACACUUGGGAGAAGGACCUUAGAACUCGAUGUAGGACUCAGAAUGACUUCUCUGACCUCAGCAUCUCCUCUGAGAUAGUCACACUGCCGGCUGUGGCCCUCUGACUUUAACUCUUUUCCUGUGUAGAAGGAACUUGGUAAGUGAUCAGCUCUAGGUCGGAGAUGGCACAUAGGAAUCAUCUCAAGUGCCAACUCCAGGCAUCUCGGGGCCCUAGGGAAGAAUGCUGUAAUAAAUUUGCCAUUUUUAUGCUGAACUGGACUAGGGAGAGUAGACCAGGAUGCUUCAGGAAUAAACAGAGUUCUUUGGCACAGA